CAGAUUGGCUUUUUCCGAAAACAAAAAGAAAUCGCUGAAGAAGACGGGAGUGCUGCAGCCCCUCUCCCCAACCUAUAAAUUCAAUUUGGAUUUGUGGAGGAGUCCUCGGCACGUUUCCUCGUGCUUUUUCCAACGGCAGUAUAAAGCAGUUUCUCUCUCUACGCAACAUUCGUGCGGCCUUUUAUGGUGGGGAAAGCCAUUGGAUCGGUCUCGAGUGUAAUACGGUGGGAAUGGGAGAAUCCUCUGGUUCAAAACCCUGUCUUGACGCCGAUAUUUGGGCUAAGCUUGUUCCAGCAGAUUCAAGGUACUCAGUUGUUGACAUUGGAUCAAAUGAGACGGUUGUCUACUCAGAGAUCUCAUGCUCUUCUGGAAACAAGCAUGAGUGGUGCAAGAUAACUAGGAUUUUAAAUCAAUCUUCUGCUAUGAUUCAGAACAAGAGCUCAACUGCGAUUCUUAUUGAUGGAGCGACUGUUCAAAGUGAAGACAUUAUGCUCAUACAGUCUGGAACUGAAAUUAUUCCAGGGCCUGAUAGAGAAGGGCAUCUGAGCUAUAGACUUGAAAUGAUCCCUGCUGCAGAGCGGUGUGAGAAGCGGUUAAAGAUCUCUAUAGACAUUGAAAAUGCAAAAUGUGGCAUUUGCUUGAACAUAUGGCACGACGUCAUCUCUGUUGCUCCUUGCCUCCAUAACUUCUGCAAUGGAUGCUUCUCCGAGUGGUUAAGGAGAUCUCAAGAAAGACAUGUGACAGUACUCUGUCCCCAAUGUAGAGCACUUGUGCAGUUUGCUGGGAAAAAUCACUUUUUACGUGAGGUUGUGGAGGAUAUACUGCAGGCUGAUUGUUCUCUAAGACGGUCUAAAGAAGAUGUUGCCAUUUUAGAUUCACACGCAUUGAUUCAGUCAAAUCUGGUUAUAAGCAGCGGAAGAAAACGUAAAAGACCUCACUUGGCAGUGGAUGAGCAAACUUCUGGUCUUAAUCUUUCAUGCCCACAAUGUGGCACUGAAUAUGGUGGGUUUCGCUGCAAUGGGGAUACUGUCCACAUACCAUGUCACGCAUGUGGAGGAAUGAUGCCUUCCAGAUCAAACAUUAGCGUACCACAACAUUGUUUGGGAUGCAAUAGAGCAUUUUGCGGUGCUUAUUGGCACUCUCAAGGGGUUGCAAGGAUUGAUGGUCACCCUCUCUGCUCUUAUGACAGUUUUAAACCUAUCAUGGAGCGGUCUAUUGCAAGAAUUCCAUUUGCUGCACAUGAAACAAAUCGAUAUGAGCAAGAUAUCACAGAGAGGUCAAUUAGACAACUGGGAAGAACACUCCAAGACGUUAUCUCUGAAUGGAUUGGAAAAUUUGACAAUCGUGAAAUUGAUCGAUCCAGGAUGCCACUUAAUCAUGCUGAGACAAUAACUGCUGCAACACAUAUAUGCAACGAUUGCUACGACAAAUUGGUAUCCUUCCUCUUGUACUGGUUUCGCUUUUCAAUGCCUAGACAUCUUCUACCACCAGAUGCAUGCAAGAGAGAAGAUUGUUGGUAUGGAUAUGCAUGUCGGACGCAACAUCACAAUGAGGAACAUGCUCAGAAAAGAAAUCAUGUUUGUCGUCCAACCCGGGGGACUCAUCCAUAGGUCUCGUGUCAUGGUAAAUCCUAACAGUCUGGCUAAAAGUUGUAUAUACUACUAUGCAGUAGGUCUCACAUCAACGUUUUUGCAUUUUAUGUUCCUUCUUAGUUCAUUUGGUAGCAUUUUGUAUGUGUAUUUGGUCAUGUGCGUACCAGGAAACAGACUCGUUUAUCAGUUGGAUGUUUGAUAGAUGCUUUUAGGUUUUUUCUUUUAUUCAGAGUUAGGAGAAAAAUCAGGUAUUCCUGUGAUGUCAAUCACUAAGAGACAAAUUCCACAUUAGUUUAACUGAGAGGAGGUCUGGUGACUGACAAAAACAUUUGCAAGUUGGAGGAUA